AGCUCACUUUUUAGGGCUUUGGGAAACAGGAGCUCAUGGAUUCCGUCUGCGCGAUGCAGGCAUCAGGCUUGGCGGGGCUGGGAUCGAGCUCGCAGCCGCGCAGGGGGCGCAGGAACGAUCAGCUAAGGCUGCUGGGAUCGGCAAGGGGGAGGGUUUUGUGCAAUGCGCAGGCAGUGCAGCAGCGGCAGCAGCAAUCCGACGUCGCCAAGGCGAAGAUUGCGGAUCCCUAUUCCAGUCUCGGCCAGGUCUGCGCGGUCCUUGGUACCCAGUGGGGCGACGAAGGCAAGGGCAAGCUCGUUGAUAUCCUGGCCAGGCACUACGACAUUGUUGCGAGAUGCCAGGGCGGCGACAAUGCUGGUCAUACCAUCUACGAUGACAAGGGCGAUAAGUUUGCUCUCCACCUCGUACCCUCUGGAAUCCUUCAGCGCGACACAGUAUGUAUGGUAGGCAACGGUGUUGUCGUCCAUCUCCCCAAGCUCUUCGAGGAGAUCAAGCAGCUGGAAGCCAAGGGAAUCUCCUGCGAGGGGAGGAUCCGCGUCUCCGACCGUGCUCAUCUCCUCUUCGACUUCCACCGGACCGUCGACGCGCUUAGAGAAGCCGAGCUCGCCGGGUCCAUGAUUGGGACGACUAAACGCGGCGUCGGCCCCUGCUACGCCAGCAAAGCCACCCGGAAUGGAAUCCGAGUGGGAGACUUGCUCGACAUGAGCACGUUCCGAGAUAAGCUAGAAAUCUUGCUCGAGGAUGCCGCUGCCAGGUUUGAUAAGUUCACGUAUGAUAAGUCCAUGUUAGAGAAGGAGGUGGUAAGGUACAGGGACUUCGCUGAGAAGCUUGGGCCUUACAUUGCUGAUACGGUUUACUUGAUCAAUCAGGCUUACCAUGAUAAGAAGAAGAUACUGGUCGAGGGAGGCCAGGCAACAAUGCUGGAUGUCGACUUUGGGACUUACCCGUUUGUGACGUCCUCGAAUCCUUCUGUCGGUGGAGUGUGUACAGGGCUUGGAAUCGCACCAAAGAGACUCGGUGACAUCAUUGGAGUGGCGAAGGCUUAUACAACUAGAGUUGGAGCUGGGCCAUAUCCAACCGAGGCAUUCGGUGAGCUUGGGCAGAGCUUGCGAGAGACGGGAAAUGAGUUUGGCACGACGACGAAGAGACCGCGUCGCUGUGGAUGGCUGGACGUUGUUGCCCUCAACUAUUCAUGCGAGAUCAAUGGAUUCACGUCGCUGAAUCUCACCAAGCUGGACGUGCUGUCGAAUCUCCCGGAGAUCAAGCUCGGCAUCGCGUACAAGGGACCAAAAGACGAGAGCGUCCCAUCCUUUCCCGCGGAUCUCAGCUUCUUGGAGAAAGUCAAGGUUGUGUAUGAGACGGUUCCUGGAUGGCAGACGGACAUAAGCUCCGUGCGGAAGUUCAAGGAUCUGCCAGGAGCCGCCAAAGCUUACGUUCAAAGGAUAGAGGAACUGGUUGGCAUCAAAGUCCAGUUUAUCGGAGUUGGGCCUGGCCGAGACGCACUGAUCGUGCGCGAUUGAAGUCGCGACCAAGAAUUUUGUAUGCUAAGAAACCAAAGUUUUAAUAAACUCUCUCCAUUUUCGAAGAAA